AUGGCUACCAACAUCACCUUCCAUCCGGGUCACGUUUCGUACGAGGAGCGAUCUGAGCUUCUCUCGCAGCAGGGGCUGACGCUCUGGCUGACGGGUCUCUCUGCCUCGGGCAAGUCGACCAUCGCGACCGCCCUCGAGCAGCACCUUCUCUCGCUCAAGAAGUCGGCUUACCGUCUGGACGGCGACAACAUCCGCUUCGGCCUGAACAAGGAUCUCGGUUUCUCGCCCAAGGACCGUGAGGAGAACAUUCGCCGCAUCUCGGAGGUCUCGCUCCUCUUCGCCUCCUCCACCGCUAUCACGAUCACGUCGUUCAUCUCGCCCUACAAGGCGGACAGGGACAUCGCAAGGAAGCUCCACGAGGCUCACGUGCCCAAGCUGCCCUUCAUCGAGGUGUUUGUUGAUGCCAGCAUCGACACCUGCGAGAGCAGAGACCCCAAGGGUCUGUACAAGAAGGCCAAGGCUGGAGAGAUCAAGGAGUUCACCGGCAUCUCGGCUCCAUACGAGAAGCCAGAGAACCCGGAGAUCCACAUCGAUGCAGACAAGACUUCCAUCGAGGACGCCGUCAGGAUCAUCACCGAGUACCUCCUCAACAAGGGUCACCUGAAGCUCUGA